GCAAUUGGGCAGUUUGGAUAUUCUUUUCCAAACGGUCUUCAAGUUGUGUAUAAAGGAGAAUGUUAAAGUCUUUGAAUGAGGGGGCUGUUGAGUUUUAUGUUUUUCAAGGGAGAAAAGUUUCGUUUGUUUUUGAGAAACCUUUGAGUUGUUUCAGUUUUACCACUUGUACCAAGUGGACUUGUCACUCUUGUCAAAGGCAACUUUGUCAACCAGUUGGCAAGGACAAGAACCUCGUAGCAACAUCUUUCUUCGGUUUGAAGGGACUGAAAACAAGUAGAUGCACUGUUCAUAGUGUACGAGCAGAUCGAAGAGAGUUAAGUGACGUUUCUGUUUACAAUGUAAAAGCUUCCUUGGGAGAAUCGGGGCUUUAUACGAGUUCUAGUCCCACUGUAAGAAGAGUAGAACCUCCUUCUGUGUCAGAUAGAAAAAUAGUAAGACUGGUCUAUGUUGUCUUGGAGUCACAAUAUCAAUCGGCUAUCACCGCUGCCGUCAAAUCUAUUCAUGCGAGCGAUAGAAAUAUCUCUUUUCAAGUUUCAGGUUAUCUUUUGGAAGAGUUGAGGUCAGCAGAAAAUUUGGAAAUGUUUAAGAAAGAUAUAGCCUCUGCAAAUAUCUUUAUUGGUUCUUUAAUAUUUGUUCAAGAGUUGGCUGAAAAGGUUGUUGAAGCGGUGCAGCCUUAUAGAGAUCAACUGGAUGCUUGUAUUGUUUUUCCUUCUAUGCCAGAAGUGAUGAGACUAAACAAAUUGGGUUCUUUUUCACUAUCUCGCUUAGGACAGAGCAAGUCAGCUAUUGCCCAAUUUAUGAGAAAGAAACGUAAGGAGAGUGGUGCAUCCUUUGAAGAAGGAAUGUUGAAAAUGUUGAGAACUCUUCCCAAAGUUCUUAAAUAUUUGCCUAGUGAUAAGGCACAAGAUGCACGUUCAUUUAUGUUGAGCUUUCAAUAUUGGCUUGGAGGUUCUCCAGAGAACAUUGAAAAUUUUCUUCUUAUGAUUGCUAGACAAUAUGUUUCUUCUACUAAGAAUAUAUCCAUUGGUGUUGUUCAGGAUCCUGUUGUAUAUCCUGAUAUUGGUAUAUGGCAUCCUGUAGCUCCAAAGAUGUUUGAAGAUGCCAGAGAAUACUGGAAUUGGUAUAAUAAGGAACAUGCACCACUUGCAGGACUCAACAAUUCUUCUCCCGUAAUUGGUCUUCUUAUGCAAAGAACUCACCUGAUUACUGGAGAUGAUUGUCAUUAUGUUUCUAUCUGUCAGGAACUGGAAGCACUUGGAGCAAAGAUCAUUCCCGUGUUUAGUGGAGGUUUAGACUUUGCUAUACCUAUAGAGAAGUAUUUUUAUGCAUUGGAUAUGAAUGGAAAAUGUACUUCGAAUCCUGUGGUGGAUUCAGUAGUAUCCCUAACAGGGUUUGCACUAGUUGGAGGACCUGCUCGACAAGACCAUCGCAAGGCAGUUGAAGCGUUACAAAAGUUAAAUAGGCCUUACUUGUGUUCGGUUCCUUUAGUUUUCCAAACGACAGAAGAAUGGGAAGAUAGUGAUCUUGGCCUUCAUCCUAUUCAAGUAGCUUUGCAAAUUUCCCUUCCUGAGUUGGAUGGUGCAAUAGAGCCUUUGAUAUAUUCUGGAAGAGAUGGACCUACUGGGCGUUCUAUUCCUCUUUAUGAUCGUGUGAAUAUUCUUGCACAGCGAGCCUUGAAAUGGGCUCGUCUUGGUAAAAUUCCUACUUGUCAAAAGAAGUUGGCUAUUACAGUGUUUUCUUUUCCACCUGACAAAGGAAAUGUUGGUACUGCUGCUUAUUUAGAUGUAUUUGGCAGUAUUUAUCGCGUAUUGGAAGCCCUAAAAGAACAGGGCUAUGAUGUUGGACCUAUUCCAGCUUCACCGGUAGAAUUAUUGAAUGAAAUAGUUCAUGACAAGGAAGCUCAAUUAACUUCUCCAGAAUUGAAUAUAGCUUAUCGAAUGAGCGUAGAUGAGUAUCGACAACUUUGUGAAUAUUCUGAAGAUUUGGAAGCCAAUUGGGGAAAGCCUCCUGGUUAUUUGAAUUCCGAUGGUCGUCAUUUGUUGAUUUUUGGCAAACACUAUGGAAAUGUGUUUGUUGGUGUUCAACCUUCUUUUGGCUAUGAAGGAGAUCCUAUGAGACUUUUAUUUUCUAAAAGUGCUAGUCCUCAUCAUGGUUUUGCUGCGUAUUACACUUAUUUAGAAAGAAUAUUUCAAGCUGAUGCUGUAUUACAUUUCGGAACACAUGGCUCUUUGGAGUUCAUGCCUGGAAAACAAGUAGGAAUGGCAGCUUCUUGUUAUCCUGAUCGUCUAAUAUAUUCCAUUCCUAAUAUUUAUUAUUAUGCUGCGAAUAAUCCUUCAGAAGCUACUAUCGCCAAAAGGAGAUCAUAUGCUAGUUGUAUCUCUUAUCUCACUCCACCAGCAGAGAAUGCAGGAUUAUACAAGGGAUUGAAAGAAUUGUCGGAAUUGGUUUCUUCCUAUCAAAGUUUGAAGAAUUCAUCUAUGCGAGCAGCACAAAUAUGUAACAGUAUUUUGGAGAAAGCAAAACAAUGUAAUUUUGAAAAGGACAUUGCAUUUACUAACGACUCAGAUGCAAAUAAUCUGAGCACAGAACAACGAGAUCAGUUGGUUGGAAUAAUAUAUCGUAGACUAAUGGAAAUUGAGUCUCGACUACUUCCUUGUGGUUUGCAUACUAUUGGAAGACCUCCUACUGCAGAAGAAGCUGUAGCUACUCUGGUCAAUAUUGCAUGUAUUGAUAGACCCGAAGAAGAAAAAGAACCUAUGAAGUCCAUCCCAAGAAUACUUGCCGAGUCCAUCGAUAGAAAUAUUGAAGAGAUAUAUUCGAAUGCAGACCGAGGUGUUUUAAAUGAUGUUGAGCUUCUUCAGACUAUUACAUUGGCUUGUCGAGAAACGGUACAUAGCAUAGUUAAUCAUGCCGUUAAUGAAGAAGGAAGAGUUGAAAAGGUAGCCAUUGGAUUUCUCACAGAUUGGUUUUCCAAGAAACAGUCUCCUUGGAAAAGUAUACUUGAAAAGUAUGGGUUUGGUUCCUAUUCUGAAGAAGAUAUGAAACCCAUAGUAAAAUAUUUGCAAUUCUGUUUACAGCAGUUGGUAUCUGAUCAGGAACUUUCUUCUCUUGUUAAAGCAUUAAAUGGAGAAUAUGUUAUUCCUGGUCCUGGAGGAGAUCCUAUUCGUAAUCCCGAUGUAUUACCAACAGGAAAGAAUAUUCAUGCUUUGGAUCCACAAAGUAUUCCAACCAAUGCAGCCAUAAAGACUGCAAAGAUAGUUGUAGACCGUCUUUUGGAACGUUAUCGUUUGGAAAGUGAAGAUAAGGAAACUUAUCCAGAAACUAUUGCUAUGGUAUUAUGGGGAACUGAUAAUAUUAAGACAUAUGGAGAGUCUCUUGCUCAAGUUCUUUGGUUGGUAGGAGUACAACCUGAACCGGAUCAGUUGGGAAGAAUUAACAAACUGAGACUGGUAUCUUUAGAAGAGUUGGGUCGACCAAGAAUUGACGUUGUUGUGAAUUGUUCUGGAGUUUUCCGUGACUUGUUUAUCAAUCAAAUGUCUUUGCUUGAUCGCGGUAUUAAAAUGGCAGCUGAAGCUGAUGAACCUUUGGAGUCCAAUUAUAUUCGAAAACAUGCUUUGAUGCAAGCAAAGGAAUGGAAUUGUUCCAUUCGUGAUGCUGCUAGUCGAAUAUUUUCCAAUUCUUCUGGUUCUUAUUCCAGUAAUAUUGGUAUUGCUAUAGAGAAUGGUGGAUGGGAAGAUGAGAAACAACUUCACGAUAUGUAUAUUUCAAGAAAAAGUUUUGCAUUCAAUUCUGAUCGUCCAGGAAUCAUGGAACAGAAAAAAGACUUGUUUGAGACGGUUUUAAAAAGUGCUUCCGUAACAUUUCAAAAUCUAGACUCAUCCGAAAUCUCUUUGACAGAUGUAAGUCAUUAUUUUGAUGCUGAUCCUACCAAACUGGUGCAAAGUUUGAGAACGGACAAGAAGAAGCCAGUUUCUUACAUUGCAGAUACCACAACAGCCAAUGCUCAGGUAAGGAGUCUAGAUGAAAUGGUUCGUUUGGAUACAAGAACGAAACUUUUGAAUCCAAAGUGGUAUGAAGGAAUGCUUUCUUCUGGCUAUGAAGGAGCAAGAGAGCUAAGCAAGAGAUUAAGGAAUACAAUGGGUUGGUCUGCUUCAGCUGGAGCUGUAGACAACUGGGUUUAUGAAGAGGCAAACGAUACAUUUGUAAAAGAUGAGAGUAUGCGGAAGAGAUUGAUGAAUAUGAAUCCCAAUUCUUUUCGUCAAAUGAUAAGCACUUUAUUGGAAGCAAAUGGUAGACAAUAUUGGGAGACAUCAGAAGAGAAUAUAGCAAGAUUGAGAGAGCUUUAUCAAGAAGUUGAAGAUAGAAUAGAAGGAAUAGAGUAAUUGAAUCCUUGUGCAAUGAUAUAAUAUAAAACAGCUUUUUCCAUUGUGAAGAUAAUUUCCCCU